AUGAAUGUGUCCACUUUUUCCUGCCAGCUGCAGUACUGGAGGCUUUACCUGCUGGUWCUGGUUCUGGGAAUCGGGGGAUCAUUUCAGUAUGGGCUCCAUAUGUCUGUCAUCGCCUCUCCAGCAGAGCACAUUCAGAGAUUUGUGAACGCCACAUGGAUGCAGAGGUACGGCGCUCCAGUGGAUGAGUUCACCAACCAGAGCAUCUGGUCCUUCAUUGUGGCCAUUCUGAGUUUGGGAGGCUGGGCCGGGACCACUCACAGUAGCCGCCUGGCUGUUACCUACGGACGAAAAAAGGCUCUCCUGAUCAACAAUGUGGUGGCGAUGGUUGCUGCCUUACUCAUGGCCUUCAGUCGCAUGAUGCAGUCUUUUGAGAUGAUCCUGCUGGGAAGACUUCUCUAUGGAUACAAUGUUGGUCUUGGCUUCUGUGUUCACCUCAUGUAUCUUGGGGAGAGCUCGCCCAAGGAGCUCAGAGGUUACCUGACUCUCACCAGCGCCACCUUCAUAAGCUUGGGGAAAGUCACAGGCCAGAUAAUUGGCAUCAAGGAAAUCAUGGGWACAGAAGAAAUGUGGCCGUAUCUCUUAGCUUUCAGUGGUAUUCCAGCCAUCCUGCAGUUUGUGAUGCUUCUUUUCUUCCCUGAGKCACCUAGAUAUCUUUACAUCGAUAAAGGAGACAUUGAAGGAAGCAAAGAAGCCUUGCAGUGGCUGUGGCAGAAGGACGACUUAAAGCUGGAGCUGGAAGACAUGCAGAAAGAAAGAGAGAGCUCACAGGAGAAGAAGGCUCGAAYGGUGAAAGAUCUGCUCAGCUCUCGCUGCGUCAGGUGGCAGCUGCUGACUCUCAUCAUCCCGUGCGCCGGUUGUCAUUUGUGCGGCAACAGUGCUCUGUACUCCUACGCCUUUGACAUCUUUCAUGAGGCUGGAGUACCAGUGACCCUGAUACAAUACACAGCUAUUGGUAUUGGAGCAACAGAACUAAUCGCCGUACUGUUAUCUUCCUUCUUGAUAGAUCGAGCAGGCAGAAAGAAGCUGAUGGGCUAUGGCUACCUACUGAUGGGUGUAACCAUGUGUGUUCUUACAGUCACRCUGUCCUUGAAGGAUAUGAAUCCACAGAUCCCAUACGUGAACAUCACCCUGAUCCUUUCUGUCAUUUGCAUUUAUGGACUUGCGCCUUCUGGAGUAUCCGUGGUUCUCCCUGCUGAUAUUUUUCUCCAAGUCUGGCGUCCUUCUGCAUACGUGAUCUAUGGGAUCGUCAACUGGUCCAGCAUAUUUAUGACUGGGAUGCUGUUUGGAUAUAUUGUGGAGGCACUCGGACAGUUCUGCUUCCUGUUUUUCAUGGCUUUCUGCUUUCUGAGCGGUGCUUUCGUGCUCUAUUUUGUCCCAGAGACCAAAGGAAAAACUGCAAUAGAGAUUACAGAGGAUUUUAACAAACUGAAUUACAAGAAUGGAAAAAGUGGCGUUGAAAAUAUUGAAGCUGCAACUAAAUUGUAA